GGCGGCGAGCCUCGCGCCGCCCGCCCCGCGCCGAUGUAGCCCGCAGUCGGAUGCUCCCGCCCGCGCCGCCCGCCCCGCCUCGUCGCCGCGCGCGCAGUCUAGCCGCCCGCCCGCCCGCACCGCGUCUGCGACCCGUGUUCCUGUGGGCCCGCCAGCGAGACGGCACCGUGCAGGAGGUGCACUGCGAGGACUACGACCCGCGCAAUCGCAUCCGCAUAGCGCGCACCCCGGCCGGCUGGCGCGUGAUCCCGCGCACCGAGAUCUACAACUCGAUUCGCAUCCCUCCCGUGCAACCGCGGGACCGUAAGGAGCGGCGCCGGCGUCGACGAUCUGACGGCCCGCGUCGUCGUCGCCCGGCCGUCCCGGAGCCCGCACCUGCGUGGCUCCCCCCCGACCUGGAGUCGCACAUUCCCUCCCACACGAUAGCGGUGCCUCGCCAGCAGGUGCCCGAGCCGACACCGCUCGACAACCUGCUGGCGGUCGCCGAGCUCGAAUUCAACCAACAGCGCGGUGAAGAGGCGCUCGGGCUGGAUCUGCAGGCUGCCGUCCCGGCGCAUCCUCCCGCCGCCCCGUCUUACUCUUUCCUGCAAUCGGAAGAGGUAGCGCGGGACGUCAUGUCCUUUGAUCUGAGCGCAUCGAAGCCACCGGAAGCGAUGUAUUACGAGCGCAAAGCCCAAGCUCAGAACUGUACCGAAGACAGCGCUUACGGCGGCGACAUGAGCGUGCACAAGGACCUGUUCGAUACGAUCAGUGAAGCGCACUAUUUGCCAGAGCUUGGAGGACCUCACGAUGAAGCAUUGCUAGAUUCGCUGGUCGAAAAAGGUUGCGAAGAUAACCAAAUCCUCGGACAGACGCUGGACAAACUCGCCCAUCUAGUUCACGGGGCCGCCGAGUACGCAGAGUCUGAGGAGGACAUGUUGCUAAAUAACGGUCCAGUCUCUGAUAUCAUCGACAGACUCGAACACUCACUCGAAUCACCGAGCCGGAGCAGCAUUACCGCUGCUCAGGGUCUUCUGCACCUUCACCACAUAGGCGAUCACCACCUUACCCAACCGGAGCAUCAAAGUUCCGUGGAGAGCUAUAUGUCGGAUGAAGUGUUUGUAGCGGAACCUUCCAGUGAUUGUGGCCUUCAGGCGCUCAGCGAAGCCUCCGUAAUGCAAGCGACUAACAACGUCAAUCACUACACUGACCCCAUAGAAAAGAGUAUACAUGACGACGUGGCGUCAUCCGACACGAUGUAUUCAGAACAAGUAUCUGAUUUACAAGAGAGCUAUGAAUCCGAAAAACGUUACGUAGAACCCCAGGGGUCGAUACCUGACCAAAGCGAUGACACAUCAACUGAGGACGAACCCAAAGACGCUACAUCACAAAAUAAAGACGAUGAUUGUCAGACCGACGGCGAGCUUGACAGUAAAAUUGAGGAGCCGGACAUAGACGACCAGCCUCCCGAUGAUGAACCUAUUCUGAAUUUAGCUCAAGAACUAUCACAGGCGUCAACUAACGAUGAAAAUUCUCCGACUGACUUAAGCGUUAAACAUGUCGAUAAAGAUAUACCUAAAGUAGUGGCUAGGGCAGCCGAGACCACACACGCUAUCGAAGACAAUUUGUCGGACAAGAGUGAUGAACAACCUAAAGAUCUAAGCGUACACAGAAGGAUGGCCACUCCGCACGCCUCACCGCGGAGAAUAGAAAUACCGCGAGCACCUUCGAGAGAAUCAGAUGCGAUGCAAUCUCCUCAGCCUAGUGGCAUACCGGCAGUGCCGUCAUCGCCGGAAAUCUUCACGAUGCCCGUGACAAAAAGUAAACAGGCUCUAUUUUUAGAAACACUACUUUCGUCUCCGUCGCCUAAAAUGUAUACAUCCGAAGUUACGAUCACGAAGCAACAGUGCGAACCCUUGAAUUUAGGAAAACACAGGAAGUCAGCGAGCCCGACAGUGUCGAGCUGUUCGGAUGAAAUUAGGAAAAUUAACAAGGAAUUCGGCGAGCCUCAAGAGAAACGUAUAAAACGUGAGUCAACCGAGGACCUCGCUAAGAUAAAUAAAGUGUUCAACAAGUGCGGAGAAGUUAAACCUAAAAAGAUCGAAUGGCCCGCGUUCAAUUUCGACGACGACCCUAUCAAACAGCUACAGACUCUCAAAUCAAAUGCAGAUUAUAACGUUCCAGACCCGAUGUUGAUCCCGAAGGAUAAGUUAAAUUUGAUACUUGCCUCUCCCGGCAAAGAAAUAAUGAACUUAUUGAGUUCAAGGCCGGAAUUACAGCUCCCGGAGGCAUUCGCUUUUCCUGCCGUGCUGCAAGACCCCGAUGUACUCGUCAUAUCAUUAUCACAAUUAGAAACUAUUUUAGAAAAUCAAAAUAAGGGAAAAACAUCGCCCAAACCUAAAGAUCCUAAGCCGGCAUCGAAACCGACGCCGGUCGCUGAACCGCCGACAACGCCAUGCACCGAACCGUCUACUACUCCUCAACCUGACCAGCAGACGAGUCACCCAAAACCGAUUCCGUCGAUGGAUGCCUUAGCUGGGGACAUCGAUGCCGCGACCUCGGCUGCACUCAACCACAUGCUGUGGCUACCUUACCUUACUCAAUUGGAGGCAGUAGCCAACUGUUCGCAGAGCUUAAAUUUCUUGAAAGCAUUAAAUUCUUCAGGAUACAACCCGUCGAAUUACGCAGAGUUGUCGCAGAUGUUCAACCCGGCGUCUCGUUUCAUGGGGCCGUCCGGUUUUCCCAUGAUGCCUCCUAUGGAUUACGAUAACCGGUUACAGUUCGCUAUGUGGCAGGAGGCCAUGAACCACGCGAAUUCAGCUCAGCGCAGCGGCGGCAAAACGAACUCCACACCGGAUACGCAAAUGAAAGACGUAACUACAAAAAGUAAUGAUGUUCAAAAUCCGUACGUGCACUCGACGAAGAAUUAUCAAAAUAAAACGCAUUCGGCGGCGCGGACAAGCCCUAUCGCUCACAACUACAACCACGGCCAGCGGUCUAUGCCACAAAACCCGUAUCUACAGAACAUGUACGCGGGGAUGAACCCGAACAUCAGGCCUAACGUGCCCCUGCCCGGCCUGCAGAUACCGUACUUCAACCCCAACAUGAUGGGCAGCCAGAGAUCUCCGCGCACAACGCAACAGAAGAGCCCAACGUCGCCCUACUAUCCGAACAACAAUUAUUUGUCCUCAACGAAACAAGCGGAGGGCCAGAGCACGCGCAGUAGCAGUUCAAGCUCUCAGGAAUCUCCACGGCCGCGGAUAACCGUGAAAUCGCUGCAUAAUUUGAUGGAGCCCAUGGUGGCAGCCGCGGCUGCGACCGCGUCCGGUGCGGGGGCCACGUCUCGGCGCAGCUCGAACACUCCAGCCUCGCUGGGCCGGCGCCGGGAAGAGCCAGAGGUCGGCAGCACCACGCCCCUCGGCGAGCCCCAGCCGCACAUACCGCCGCAUCCGCACGACCCAUCCUCCUUCCACUUAUGGCAUCCACUCUUCGGCAACCAAAAAAGCUACAACAGCCCGUGGAAUUGGACAACUGUGACCGCGACGGGGGACUGACCUAGGGCUCCGCGCGGUCCCCCUGCGCACCAUCACUGAUCGCAGCCGAUGGAGCGCCAGCCGGUCUCACGCGGAAUACAAAAACCUAUAAAUAAACAUUACAUACACCUAAACAACAAUACCAUAAAGACGUGAUUGAAAAAAAAAACAAAAAAAAACGUUUUUUUUUUAGUUUUGUGCUAUUUUAUUUGGUCCGUUAAAAACAACAAAGGCCCUAAGUGAAAAGUGGUUGAAUAUAUCCUUGGACGGAAACUAUAAGCGUAUUUUAAUAUCUACUUAGUGAUAAACUUAACGAAAAUAGAAUCUUUGUAAAGUUAUAUAAAACUUAACUGUAAUAGUGAACUAUCGUCGUGCAUUGUUUUCUCAUAUCGAUGUCUUAGUUGUGCGGAAAGCCUUAUAUGUUUAAUUUUUUUAAUGGAUUUUAUGACCUGGUAACCAAGACCUUUAGGUCAUGUCUUAUUUUAAUUAAUAUUCAUAUUUUUAUGAAAAAUGAUUUU